UAUUUUUGAUUGUCAAUAAGUAAUCAAAUUAGCAGGCGUUGAUAGCUGUCAGUGCAAUAUUACAAUAUUAAAAUUGACAUCUGAUUGACGCUUGCGCGAUUUAAUGCGCGGAAAACUAUUUAAGCCUCAAGAUUUAUUCCCGGGUAAUGUGGUCAGACUCAUCUCAAUCGCCGGCGAAAAAAGAUGCGUUUUAUUUGUUCAAUAAAUUUAUUGAAAUUUUUCAAGUGCAUUGAAAAUUAAAAAUUAAAAAUUAAUUGUAUAUGUGAUAAAAUAAAAAAAUAGUUUUUUAAUUCUUAGUGUCAUUGCUUGAACAAUUGUUUAUGAAAAUGGAUAAUAUCGAUGAAUUUAUACUAAAUCAACAAAAUUUUUGUCAUCAAUUAAUGAAAGACCAUGUGAAAGUAAAUUUAACGAACCAUUGUCCACCGUUUUUUGACGGACUUCUUUGUUGGCCACCGUCUAACUCCAAUCAAACGAUAAAUCUUCCGUGUCCACCACACUAUGUACUUGGCUAUGAAAAUCCUCAUGGCAAUGCUGUUGCUACAAAAUACUGUAAUAUUUAUGGCGAGUGGUACAGAAACAAUGAAGGAGUUAUUUGGAGUAACUACACACAAUGUACUCCACCUCCAGGAGAAUUUAUUACAGUGAUAAGGACUUUAGAAUUUCCACGUUCGGAAUAUGGAAAGUUUUGUAAUGCAACUCUUUUAACUACAUGGUUACCAAUUAUCAAGACUAUUUCAAUAAUUGGCUACGCAUCAUCAUUCCUAACGUUGAUAGCUGCCAUGACAAUAUUCUUAUUCAUAAGAAAACUGCAAAACUCACGUAAUCGGCUUCAUAUGAAUUUAUUUUCAUCAUUUAUAAUGAGAGCAUCGAUGGCACUUUUGAAAGAUUGGCUCUUUGUAGACGGAGUUGGGCUUUCAUGGAAUGUCGUUUCAAUAGAUGGUAAAAGUGCAUACAUCAAAGAGAAAAAUAUUUGGGUUUGCAAAGUUAUUACAAGUUUGUGGCAGUACUCAAUUGUCGCCAAUUACUCGUGGAUAUUUAUAGAGGGCUUGUAUCUUCACAACCUUAUUUUUUUUUCAUUUACUGAUACUUCAGCUAUAACGUGCUACACAGUAUUUGGAUGGAGUGUACCAUUAGCUGUAGUAAUUAUCUGGAUAAUCUUACGUAUUAUCAAAGAAGACACACUGUGUUGGACUACGCACAAUAAUCAAUCAUUCUUUCUUAUUAUACGUAUUCCAAUUAUUAUUUCUAUAAUGUUCAACUUUGUUCUUUUUAUAAAUAUUGUACGAGUAUUGCUAAUAAAAAUGAAAACAUCGGUGUACUUGCAGCGGAAAAAAAUGCAAUAUAGAAAAUGGGCAAAAUCAACUUUAGUUCUCAUACCGUUAUUCGGUGCACACUACGCUAUUUUUUUAGGUCUUUCUUAUCAUAGAGACUAUCAACUCGAACUUAUUUGGCUUUUCUGGGACCAGUUUUUUGCUUCAUUCCAAGUAAAGAUAAUUCAAUUAAUUUAUAUACAAUUUUACCAAUUGAUUGUUUCUGACAAAAAUUUUUUUUGUUUUCUCAAGGGAUCAGUUGUAGCUCUGCUUUAUUGUUUUCUCAACGGAGAAGUGAGAGCGGAAUUAAAACGAACAUGGAGAAUACGUAGAUCACGACGUGGUGUCGAUUCACUAAGUUUCUCUAAUCGAAAUUUAAUUAAAUCGCCAGAACUUCGUAACCAACAUCGAUUUAAUCAUAAUAAAAAUAAGAAUGUAUCUAUAUUAUAGAAAUACGUAUAUAUAUGUUUAUAAAAUAUUUCGAUUAUCUAUAGUUAAUACAUUUAUUAAUGUUAUCAGACUUAAUUUUUUAUU